AUGAGUUUUCGAUAGCUAGCAAUUCAAAUUGUUGAUAAUCUCUUCAAUUUUAUAUAAAAAAGUUAGAAUGAAAGAAUUAUUACUUCUUUGACUGGGGUUUAAGCAUAACUUAAAAGCAAAUUGAUAGAACUAGAUUAAGAGGAAGAUGAUAUUUAAAUUAAAGAAGUAUUUUUACAAAAACUCCAAAAAUUACUUUAAUUUGCUCAAACUCCAGGAAAUCUUAAGCAAGUAUGGAAAUUGGUAUCCUUUAAAAUAUAUUCAUCACAAGAUCAAUUCAUGGAAUUGAUUAGGCAAAUCCCAGAAAUGAUUCAAUAACACACACAACAAAAUUGUUUGACCAUAAGUUCAAUGAUUGGUUAGGAAUUUACAGAAUUGUAUGCUCACUCACUUAUUACUUUUUAAAUUAACUUACAACUUGAUGAAUCAAAAUUUAAAGAGAACUCUGAGAAAGAGGAUUGCGUUGGAUGCAUUACAUAUGUGUCUCCAGAAAUCCAGAAUUUAAGACUCUAUAAAGUAGUGAUGAAACUCAAAGGAUUAAUAAACAAAGUUAAAAAAUUCGAUGAAUUGAUCAACAAUGGCAAUCUAGAAUCCGAGUUAUUAUAAUUCACCUUUGAUUACAACAAUAAAAGAAUUACACUUUGGAGUUAAGAUGACUAAAUCAGUUAUUAAGUUACAGCAAAAUUAACUCUAGAUGAGCCACCCAUAUUUGAAUAAAGAAUCUACCUGCAAACUGAUAUGGUAAUUUAAGUGACAAAGAAUUUCCAACUGUUAAUCAAAGCAUACUAACAUGAUAACAAACAGAAGUAACUAGUGUAUAAUUAACAUUUCACUCCUUAAUCUCUGGGGGAUAAAUAGGUUUAGAUUAAACCAAUUAUUUAAACUUUUAACACAAAAUGGAUCUCUAUCAAUAAUGGAUUUGAAGAUGUGAUUUAUUAUACAAAUGAAAUUCCAUUGAAAUUAUCAUAAUACUAAACACUACCCAAGGGAUUUGAAGUACUAUUGUAACAGGAUAGUUUUGGCUAUUAUGUCACAGUUGUAGGAGAUUGUUCAGCCUACUAUCCAAGGAUUAAAUCCAAGAGGAGCAAAGGUCAAUUGUUGUAACUGAUUACUUGCUAAGAAAACUUUAAUUUAGGAAUCGUUUAUUAAGAUAAUUUAAGAAUAUUAUUAAACUCAAACUUACUUCCAUUGUGGAAUGGCACAGAAAUAUUUGAUUUAUGA